UUUUGUCAGACAUUGUUGCUAUAGGAGACGUACAGCGUAAGUCUCAUUUUUCUCCGUAUUUUAAAAUGUUGGGAUGAAUGUUUCUGCAUUUAGACAGUUCAGAUAAUACAGAGAAAAAAAGGAUGAAGAUUUUUGAUACUUUGCAGAAUAUCAUGUUACAAACUUAAACAUGUUGAGGCAGGCUUAGCUGUCCCCUGGCUAGUUUCCGAAUGUAGCAUGUAACUGCUCAGGAAAUUUGACUGUUCUGAAAAAGUGCUGUUUCUCAUACUAUUCAUGUGAAAAAGGUCAGUCUGAAAAAUACUGUUUGAAAGGGGAUUUAAAGGGAUAGAGACUUGACCCUUAAAGGGGCCAGAGUUGAAAGAGGAUAAUGAGAGACAUGCAGAAUGGUGGCACAGAUUCAUUGUCUACUGGAGAUGUCCGCGAUAAAAAUCAAAAUGGACUUGACGAGGAGUCAGACAAAAAGGUCACUCCUUAUGAACGUUUGUCACAGGAUCUUAGCAACGACCCAAGAGUUCUGAAAGAGAUUACGCUGGGUAAAAGGAUAGGAUUCUAUAGGAUACGAGGAGAACUGGGUAGCGGAAACUUUUCCCAAGUCAAAAUGGGAAUCCAUGCUUUAACAAAAGAAAAGGUAGCUAUAAAGAUCCUGGAUAAGACCAAGUUAGACCAAAAAACACAACGCCUGUUGUCACGAGAGAUCUCUAGCAUGGAGAAACUUCACCACCCGAAUGUCAUCAGAUUGUAUGAGGUUGUGGAGACUUUAGCCAAGCUACAUAUUGUGAUGGAGUAUGCAGGGGGCGGAGAGCUGUUCACUCGAAUAUCCAACGAAGGAAAGCUUCCAGAGCCUGAAGCCAGACAUAUCUUCUCCCAAGUUGUUGCAGCCAUGGAACAUAUGCAUAGUCAGCAUAUCAUCCAUAGAGACUUGAAAGCAGAGAACGUAUUCUAUGCUGGUCAGAGAUUUGUUAAGGUCGGGGACUUUGGAUUUAGUACAAUCAGUAUGCCUGACAGUCUCCUCAACACAUUUUGUGGAUCGCCACCUUACGCUGCUCCGGAACUCUUCAAGGAUGAGAGUUACGUUGGAGUGUUUGUUGACAUCUGGGCUAUGGGAAUCAUGUUGUAUUUCAUGGUGACAGGAAUAAUGCCGUUUAGAGCUGACACGGUUGCAAAGUUGAAAAAAUGCAUAUUAGACGGCAGUUACAUUAUUCCUUCGUACGUGUCAGACAGUUGUCAGUUCUUAAUACGUAGUAUUUUGAAAGCAGUGCCUCAGGAUCGAUUCACGAUUCAGGAAAUUAUUAAUUCAGAAUGGCUAGAAGGUCAAGAGUUCCCUGUUCCGCUAGAGCCCUACAGUGUGUGCCCAAGUCUUUCUGGUGCUAACAUAAGCGACGAGGAAAGAGACGCUCGGAAAGUGCUUCGUGAUCUCGGCAUCACUGAAGAUCAUUUUAGACAAAAUCAUAACCGAGACUCGCGUUCUAGUGUAACUGGAACGUAUAGAAUAGUGCUUCACAGAAUACACAAAAGACGUUUAGGAAUUACGGAAAAUAGUUCAUCAGACAAUUUACAAGAAAUGGCUCGCAUGGCUCGGAACACCGAGAAUAAUCCGUCUGUUGGGACGAAACAGCAAUCAUCCAAAUUUUGUGUUAUAUUGUGAUCAAUGCAAACAUUGCCUGUGAUAGUAUUACUGUUAACUAGUUAUUGUUGAUGUUUAAUUAUUUUUAAUCAAAUGUUUAAUUAUAUAUAUUUUUGAACAACAGAAAAAAAAUUUGUGACUUUUACCUAUGGAUCGUUUAAAAUAACACUGGUGUCAUUUGUUUACAGAUUUUUGUUUAAUCGUUUGAAAAUUAUGAAUUGUAAAAUUUU